AUGUCGUCCAAGAUCGCAAAGGAAGCCGUGCUGAUGGACGCGCGGGUGGCAAGCGUCAUGCCACAAAUAGCCACUCCAGUGUCAAAGCCUGAUAUGCAGCAUGCAAACUUUCAAUACUACACAUACAGGAAGCGGCUUCUAGAGGAACUCGAUCUGUCCUUUGAUGAGUCCGUGAUGGCUCUGAGGCAAAAAGAGGCACCCCCACCUCCUAUAACGCUUUCAGGGUACGCCAACCAUCGGCCGCUCUUCCAAGACAUUAUGGGCGUGUGUACUGAGUCUGCGGAGUCUGGUCUGGUUGUUGUUGAGUUGUGCGCAGGUAUUAUGGCAUCUACGGAGGCGCUGAUUCGCAUGAGAAUCAAAAUCAAGCAACUUCACUGCUGCGAGAACGACCAGACAGCUCGGGCGGUUGCGAUAGCUAGGUUAAAGAUGUUGAGCGGAAUUUUCCCCGACCUCUUGGCCGAGUCUGCGUUCGAGAAUCGCUUUGGGUUGCUGCCACACGACGUCAAGCUGACCAAUCAGAGUCACAUCAUUGCGCUGGGACCUCUUGACUUGGUAGUUUGUGGGUUUCCCUGCCAGGGAUUCUCGCGGGCGUCGAGGACGGCCAAAGGCCUUCGAGACCCACGCACCGCCGUCUUCGUCGACGUGGUUCGGUUGGUACACAGGAUCAUUUGCCACCAAGGAAAUUGUGCGUGGUUGUUUGAGAAUGUUGAUGCAUCAGAUCACCCAGACCUCCAGACAGUGCAGGAUGUUCUAGGACCAGGGCGGCUGGCCCUCAAGGCGCAGCCCAGCAGAGCCCCGGGUCCGCAUGCUGUCAAUGUUGUUGGAGAGCCCUUACGCGCUUUUGCCACCUUCGUCACUUACAGAGGGUCGCACGCCUACGUUGCAGGUCAGCAGAGCCUCGUGCGGUCCAAUUGCGGGGGGAUGACAAAGCCGACUGAAACAGAGCGCGAGGGGGCGAUGGGUUUCAUGCGCGGGACGACCGUCAACUCAGCUGCACCCCCGAACCAAGAACCUGACGUUGAGUAUCUUGGCCACGGGGUUGUUCAUGGGGGGACUGCCCCGAUGGAGGUCAAGGUGGAGGCCAUCGUGAUGAUGCGAUCUCCGACAGAGGUUCUUGAGUUGAGGGCCGUGCUCGGCACUUUCAACUACUACAAGAAGUUCGUUGAACAUUACAGCACCAUCGCUGCACCGCUGAACAAUCUUCUGCGGAACGUCGUAGCUUGGGGCUGGUCCGAGGCUUGUCAGCAAGCAUUCGAGACGCUAAAGAUCAAGUUCACAGAAGUGCCAAUUCUGAGACGGCCUGAUCACAAACGCCCUUUUGAACUCCAUACAGAUUGGAGUGGCGUCGGAUUGGGCGCGGUGCUCGUUCAGAGGGACGACCAGGGACGGGAGUUUGUCAUUGCCUAUGCCUCAAGGAGCAACAACAGGACGGAGAGAAACUACUUCAACUACCAGGGUCAAGGAGUGUCCAGUGGACUGGACAAGGUUGUGCCGCCGCCGGAGCAGCGUGCCAACCUGGUGAAGGCGAUCCAUGUUGACGUCGGGCACUAUGGAGUGAGCAAAACUUACUCGUUGUUGUCACCUACGUACUUCUGGGUCAACAUGUCUGCAGACGUGCGGGCUGAGGUGGCCAAGUGCACAGUGUGCGACAGGGUUAAAGCCAGUUUUGAGGUCAAGGACCCAACGCUGAAACCGUUGCCCAUCAUGGGAAUGUUCUACAGGUGGCCCAUCGACGGGGCACGUGUACGGGACGUGUUGCACACUGUGGUGGAUAUGGACUCCUCGCAGGUGUGGGCAACCGUCGUUGAGGAGCGCGCCCGACUCUUUAGGGAGUAG